GCCGAAUGCUAGUCAAGCUACCGUGGAUCUCACUGCCGUCGACCGCACUACUGUGGAUCUCACCACUGCUGUAAAUCACUUCAACCACACAGCAAGUACUGGUUCGGUAAAAAGCGAUACUGCCAUCAGCAGCGAAUCACCCGGUGGCUCAGCACAAACUCCAGCCGCCCCGGCUCCAGCGGAUCAGCAGGCGGCAUCGAAACCAGUUUUCAAGAUGAAGCGCAGUGGGGACGCCAUCUACCCUGUCACUCCCGUAUCAUACCCGCCAGGUCCAACAGCUAUUAAGCCGACCGUAGUAACCCUCACCCCCGAUGUCGACUCGCAGUCGGAGCCGGAGCCGGAGCCGGAGCCAGCAAAAAUCAUCAGCGACCUGUCUCUACCUGGCCCCCAAUCUACUCCCCAAAACCUCACAGUGCCGUCUCCUGAGAUUGAAGUUGACUUGAGUCGCUCUGCAAAGGCAUCCAGUAAGGCUGGCAAUGGAAAGGGGUACAAAUACUCUGAAGAGAGGCGAAGGAGAAUCAGUGAGCAAGUACGCCAGCGAUGGGCAUCUGGUGCGAUGGACCACGUUCACCAGAAACGGAUGGAGACCCUGAGACGGAGGGGCCAGCUUGAGACCCCCAAAAAGCCCAAACAACACCAUGCUAGAGCACGAUCCCCAUUCCUGAAGAACUUGGCACGUUCGCUUCAGAAGGGAUUUGACAGCAUGUUUGAAGCGCACUCUGAACGAGAUCGAACGUCGGCAUCCAGCCUCACUCCUUCAGACGUGAAUAUGAUGGAUCUUGACCAGACCAGGCACGAAUCCGACAGUGACGACGACUCUGAAGCGGCCGAGUGGCCCAGCGGUACACCAGAGCCAAUGGGUGACGGAGAAGACAUGUGGAGCUACCUCCAGCCUCACCUGGUUGUACACAAGGGGCCUGUGAUCCCAUCAACUGGAUGGGUCAGCCACCUCCUUAGGCUUCCUCGAGUUCGCGAACUUGACUGGAACACACCUUGGCUUGCUAUGAAUCCGUUCAAGGAUUCACAACCGAGAGAUAUCUCAGCUCUGAUCAUCCAAAUGACUGGAGAUCCUGCGCCGAGUGCGUGCAAAAGGUGCCGGGACCUGAAAGGGCCAUUUACAUCUUGCAUCAUGAUAUCACAGAAUGCCCCAACGGAACCUCUGAGGACUAUUCUUGGCUGUGCCAAUUGCUAUUACCAUGGAACGCAAAACUACUGCUCCCACAGAACCUGGAGCAACGAAAGGGCGAACGAAAUCUUGAGCGGCAGGGUUGGGAUCGCCGAAAUGGAUACAUCAACCAGCUCAGAGGAUACGGGGCAUGACGAGACUCCCGACGAGUAUGAUUCCAGCGUAAACGCCUUCCGUGGUGAGGCCAUGGAGUCUGUGACUGGCGGAACCGCCGCCGUCACACCCCCAAGCGAUUCUCCGGCCGGUUUCAAGGAGGCAGAGCCCGGUAGGCCAUAUAACAUGUGGCGAGAUAAACACGGUAAUCUUCAGGGCCUAUACGGUGCUCUACUCCCAGCUGGCUACCAGCUCGAUAAAACCGUUCCUGGCAGGCCAUGGGUUUGCCCCGUCCGCACUUGCCGGAAGGCACUCCGCAAGCCGCCGGAUCUGGGUUUCCAUUUCCGUGUUCAUUUUGCUGCGCUAUUACAUGACAACGGUGAUGGAACCUUCUCAGUGAAGGGAGUCUACAAAUCGAAAGAGAACAACGUAGGUCCGGGUGGCAAGAUUUGGUCCCCCUCGCCUCCUGUUGUGGUCUCCCGAGAGCAAGCUGCCUACCGCAACAGCUCCCUUUCGAAGGUCCAUUACCCCAGUGAUUCGGCCGAUACUCCCGAAAGCGGUGUCGAGAAGCAAACCAUGCCAGAAUCUGAAAAGGAUACGAUUAUGAAAAGUUCAGGAGACGUCUGGGCUUACAUUCGACCAUUCUUGAAGCCGAAGUUUCCGGAAAACCAGGUUCCGGAAAACCCAGUGUUAAAGCAGCUCCUGACCCUACCACGGCGGCGCGAUCCUGUGAUGAAUAACCGUCCCGGGAAGGGGGGGUUCCACGUGGGAGACAUCAGGGAUGUAAUCGCGCUGGCCAUUCAAGUCACCGGCGUACCUGUCGCGAAUGCCUGUCGCUACUGCGCACAGCAACAUGGCCCCUUUAAAGGGUGCAUAGUGCUGGGGUCCUUUGCGCCUGCAGAGGCGCGGAUGCGCUACCCAUGCUGCGGGAACUGCGCGUAUCAGGGCAAGAAGAGCAAGUGCUCACUGGUAACCUCCCGUACCGAGCAAUAUGACUUGCAAGACGCCGGAACCGCAGACGCCGGGACUUCAGACGCUGGGCGGUCUGCAAGCGAGGUCGUUGAUUCCCACGAGAACCACUUGGGAGUUGCCGGGACAGCCCGCAACGCAACCAACGGCUCAGCGAACAGACGGGCCGUACUUACUCGGGCUUCGUCUUCGUUUUCAUCGAUCCCGCGUGAGGACCUCCUCGAGAUGGAAGAGUGGGAAGUUGCUCCGGGCCGGAUCCGAGAGGUCGCGGUUGCUGAUGCCGAGAACAUCGCCUUCUCAAAAGCCUACCUUUCCACCAAUCAGGUUGUCCCUGUCUGUGAAGACGUCUCUUUUCACGUUGACACCGUCACCAGUGGCCAGACGCUCCAGCUGGAGGCAGACCCCGACAAGAUGCGGAUCUGCUCGGUCGCGACGGGCAAGGUGCGGGUCAAGAUCGGAGAGCAGCCCGAGUUUGUCAUGGGCCCGCACGGCCUGUUCAGAGUCAAACCGGGUACUGCAUGCAGCAUCAGGAACCAGAGGUACACUGAUGCGGUGAUCCAUACGACGAUGCUGGAGGGAUUUAUGUGAGGGGUGUGGAAGCGGAAUCUAGAUGGUGAUUCGGGGGGUUCGUCAAGGGGCACUGGCAUAAUCGGAAUCUCGGAUCCUCAAUCGAUAUUGGGCUCGCCGUGGUUUUUUCA